AUGUUUCUUACGCGUUCAGAGUACGAUCGGGGUGUUAAUACCUUCAGCCCUGAAGGUAGGCUGUUCCAAGUUGAAUAUGCUAUAGAAGCCAUUAAGUUGGGUUCCACUGCAAUCGGCAUUUGCACUUCUGAGGGUGUUGUAUUGGCGGUUGAAAAAAGAAUCACAUCACCUUUGAUGGAGCCGACAACAAUUGAAAAGAUCGUUGAAGUAGACCGCCAUAUCGCAUGUGCUGUUUCCGGGCUUAUGGCUGAUUCAAGAACAUUAAUUGAACGAGCUCGUGUAGAAUGCCAGAACCAUUGGUUUGUAUACAAUGAAAGGAUGAGCGUGGAGUCAUGUGCCCAGGCUGUGUCCAACCUGGCUAUUCAAUUUGGAGAUAGUGAUGAUGAUAGUGGUACUGCCAUGUCUCGACCAUUUGGUGUAGCUGUUAUGUUUGCAGGCAUUGAUGAGAAAGGACCUCAAUUAUUCCAUAUGGAUCCAAGUGGUACGUUUGUUCAGUAUGAUGCUAAGGCAAUUGGCUCAGGAAGUGAAGGAGCUCAGCAGAGUUUAAAGGAGGUGUACCACAAGUCCAUGACACUUAAGGAGGCAAUUAAGUCUGCAUUGACAAUUCUAAAGCAAGUAAUGGAAGAGAAAUUGUCAGAGAGUAAUGUGGAGGUUGUCACUAUGACUCCAGGGUCAAUGUUCCACAUGUUCUCCAGGGAACAACUGGCUGAGAUGAUUGCGGCAAAUCCUGAUCUCCAAUGGAGUGAGUCAAGUUCUAGAAAUACUUUGCAAGACUUCUCCCGCCUAAGAAUUUCAGGGCAAACUGCUUAA